AUGGUGCAACAAUCUCAAUAUGGAAGUAAUGCAACGGAAGACCCAAAUUCUCAUUUGUCUACAUUCUUAGAAAUUUGUGAUACAAUUAAGUUUAACGGUGUUAGUGAUGAUGCAAUUAAGGUUAAAUUGUUCCCAUUCUCAUUAAGAGACAAGGCCAAAGUUUGGUUACAAUCUCAUUCUCCUAAUACUUUCACUACUUGGGUUGAUUUAUCAAAAGCUCUUUUAAAUAAAUUCUUUCCACCUGGCAAGACCGCUAAAUUUCGCAUGGAUACAACGAGUUUUUGUCAACAAGAAGCAGAGACAUUGUACGAGGUUUGGGAGCAUUAUCGGGAGUUGCAACGAAAGUGCCCUCACCAUGGUCUACCCGAUUGGCUUAUAAUCCAAACAUUCUACAAUGGACUUACCUAUCCUACGAAGACUCAUAUAGAUGCUGUAGCAAUUGGAGCUUUGAUAGGUAUGCUUGAAGUGGAUACAUUGAAUAUGUUGAGUGCUAAAAUGGAUAAUGUGGUAAAAAUGCUUAAUAAGCAUGUUGUUGCUAGUUCUAGUUCUAAUCAAGGAGUAAAUGUCGUAUGUUGUACUAUAUGUGGAGAUGAUCAUGAUGUAUCCAUUUGUGCAAGCAUUGAGCAGCAAGAACAAGGGAACCAACAAAGGCCAUUGAAUCCACCUGGUUUUCAAUAUAAACAACCACCUGUGGAGACUAAACCAGCUUGGAAAUUGGCUAUAAAGAAAUUAGUUAGCACAACUAGUAGCAACAUCAACCAAUUAGCUAAAGCCACAUUUGAGGGAUUUGAGAGAGUAGAAGGGAGAUUGGACCAACUUACUAUAAUGUAUAGGAAUAUAGAGGUCCAAAUUGGCCAAAUAGCCAACUCUUUAAAUCCUAGGAAUAUGGAAGAGUUACUUAGUAAACCAGAGAUCAAUCCUAGAGAGAAAGUUAAUGCCAUUACACUUAGAAGUUGGAAACAAUUGAAGGAGCCUAACCUUGAUGUGUCUUGUGAGAAUAAGAAAGAGAAAAUGAGUAAGAAAAGAGAAAUUAACAAGGAGAAAGAUCAUGUAGUAAUUGACAUAGAUUUGCCAAUUCCUAAUGUUAAUACUAAUUCUUCUAUUCCUUUUCCUCAUAGACUAAAGCAAGAGAAGCAAGAAAGGGAGUUUGAUAAGUUUUUUAAGAUUUUCAAUCAACUAUAUAUUAAUAUUUCUCUCCUUGAUGCUAUUGUACAGAUUCCUUCCUAUGCUCGAUUUUUGAGGGAUAUCAUGUCCAAGAAAAGGAAGCUUGUGGAUAAUGAGAUAAUCACAUUAAGAGAGAAAUGUAGUGUGGUCAAUCAAAACAAACUCUCUCCCAAAUUAGAGGACCCCGGUAGUUUUUCUAUACCUUGUACUAUUGGUAAUAUUGAGUUUUUAAAUGCUUUAUGCUUUUUGGGUGCAAGUGUAACUUUGAUCCCUUUGUCUAUUAAUCGAAAGUUGGGGUUAACUGAAUUAAGGGCUGCUAACAUUAUACUGCAAUUGGCAGAUAGGACAAUCAAGUAUCCUAUAGGAAUAUUAGAAGAUGGUGCCAUGGUUACUCAUGCGACGGAGCAAAAGGAAGAAAAAAGUACUUCUUACCGUCAUGAGGAGUAUGACCAAGGCAUAAAGGGAUCAAAGGAAACCAUUUCUAACAAAGAAGUUGAGUAUUUUCCUCCAUUUCAUAUUGUGAAAAGUGAUUCUUUGAGUGAAUCUGAAAAAGGAACUGCCAGUCUUGAAGGGUUAUCUUUGAAGUUCACUUAG